AGUUGCUGUGGCGGGCCCAAGACCCAUUCUCCCUGGAGGGAACCGACAACCGAUAAAGAUUAAACUAAAUCACAACCCUGCAGAAGUAGAGCAGUGCCGAACAGGGGCCCAGUUGUAACUGGGGACGCAGUUUGGAACGGGGAGACAGAGAGUCUGGGAGAGUGAUGGAGACGAUGAAUUCAUCCUUGCAAAUGCAGACCGAUGAUUGGCUGAUGAGAGGCGUUCGGAUCAAGCUAGCGCCAUGGCUGCAUCGGGAAUGGCGCUGUGCCUGGGGUGCGCAUGACGUCAGGCAUAAGGCCGCCACCGAGUCAUAUCUGCUCGUUGGCUCCAUCUUCAUAUUCACCUCCUAUCACACACAAUAUCCAUUUACGAGGUAUGAUGGAGUCCUCCAGACACUCAUUUCUCCAUCCAUGCAGUCUGGUCCUCUUCCUCUGACCCGGGAGCUUGGUAUAUCCUCCGGCAUCGCCAACCUCCCUCCUUGGAAGCCAUCCCCCUUCUCAUUCCAACAAAGCGUAGGCGAAUCAAUAUCUAAAUCGCAUCCAUCCCGCCACUGUACCGCGGCAGGCAAUGCAUGCUGCAGAAUCCGGGACGCCUUCCGGAUUGGAUCCGAUCUGUUCGGUGCCCCAUGCAGCUCAUGCGCUAACGAUCGUUGCUAGGACACGCAGUCAGGGACACACACACCCAGCCUCCCCUUUCUGCUGUUCUUCGGUUGAUUGUUGAUAUCCCACAGCGACCCACUUGUAAAAUCUUCAUCAGCAGAAGGUUCGGUUGGUGGCCCCCAG